UCCACAGAUCCACCAGUUCAUGAGCCCUGAGGAGGUGCAGCGUGUAUUUCAUAUCCAGGACAAGCACGACCCAGUGCCGGAGUACAGCCUGGUGAAGCUGCGGAUGCGACACAAGCGGGACGCGGACGGCGAGGUGGUGAGAAGCGUGCACCUGCGGGCGUUAGGCUCCUCCAAGAUACUCAAUCUGCGGCCUAACCUCGAGCUGACCCGUCCUGUACCGCUUUUCUACGCCGACCGUGACAACUAUGGAGGCGUCACCGUCACGCCCACCGACCAUGUAGAGGACAUGGGAGUCCCGCACCAGGACGAGGAUACCAUGGCGGCCAUCACCGUGUCUCACCACCCUGACACCGGUGCUCUCCUGCUGGACGGCACGGUGGGAGAAGAGCUAGUGGUGCGAUCCCUGCCCCCUUCCCUCUACCAGCGGGCGCAGCAGGAGGAGGAGACCAACCUAAAUCAACUGUCCCCGGAUGACGAGUUCUUCAUGGACCAGGACCCCGGCGGUCUUGACGAUCCGAUGGUGUUCAGCGACGGACUCCCCGUGGCGGGAGACGGCGGCACAGGCUCCCUCCUCGACCUCCAGCAACAGCAAGACAACGACGUCAACAAGACUCUUCCCGAUGGCCUCACGCUGUUGAGGCGGCGCCGCGAGAGUGAGUCUGAGGGAUUCCACAUCGUGUACAAGCGAGCCGUCCCCGCCACGAAGACUGACUAUGCGUUCAUGGAGCCAGACCACAUCCCUACGCGCAGCCCCAACGCUCGCAACAGACGCAAGAGGAACGCGCCCUACAUCAUCUACCCCGAGAUUCUGGUGCUGGUGGACUACGAUGGCUAUCUGCUGCACGGACAAGACAACAGCCAGAUCAAGAGUUACUACGUCUCCUUCUGGAACGGUGUCGACCUGAGGUACAAGCUGCUGAAGGGUCCACGCGUCAAGAUCUCCAUCGCGGGCAUCAUCAUUUCCAGGAGCAGGGACGCCAUGCCUUACCUGGAGAAGAAUAGGGUGGGCCGUGACGCCAUCGACUCUGCCAAGGCGCUCAUUGACAUGGGGAAGUAUUUGUACCAGGAGCGUCGCCUCCCCACCUACGACAUUGCCUUCGCUAUCACCAAAUACGACUUGUGUCGUCGCCGAAAGAGUGGACGGUGCACGACAGGCACGGCCGGCUUCGCGUACGUGGGAGGCGCCUGCGUGGUGAACAAGAGGCUGCAAAAGGUUAACUCUGUCGCCCUAGUCGAGGACACCGGCGGCUUCUCCGGUAUUAUCGUCGCUGCUCACGAGGCAGGACACUUGCUUGGAGCAGUGCACGACGGGUCCUCGCCACCACCCUACCUUGGGGGUCCAGGAGCACGCAGCUGCCGGUGGGAGGACGGGUACAUCAUGAGUGACCUGCGUCACACCGAGAAGGGCUUCCGCUGGUCGUCGUGUUCCAUCGAGCAGUUCCACCACUUCCUCAACGGCGACGUGUCCACGUGCCUGUUCAACCUGCCUCACGAGGACGAGUCGCUGCCCAGGGUACUGCCCGGCAAGCUGCUCUCUGUGGACGCACAGUGCAAGAAAGAUCGGGGCACCUCUGCCUGCUUCAAAGACGAUCGGGUUUGCGCGCAGCUCUUCUGUUUCGACUCCUCCAGCGGAUACUGCGUCUCCUUUAGACCCGCGGCGGAAGGCUCGGACUGCGGCAACGGCAAGAUCUGCAUCAACGGCCGCUGUGAAUACGACAACGGCAACUCUAUAUCAGACUUCGACAUUAACAGGGUUUACAAGGGUGGCGUCCCUCGCAGGUCCGGCGAACACUUCAUCUUCCAAUCUACUCAAGUCAAGCCAGUGUACACCAACCCCCCUUCCUCCACCACCACCAGACGCCCCUUCACCACCACAACCACCACCACCACCACCACCACCACCACCACUCCCAGACCAGCCAUCACCACCACCAGGAGUAGCUGGUGGAACAGGUGGAACUGGAACGGCUGGAGCAACGACUCUAAUAAGCCCACAACUCCCCGCACUACGCCUACCACAACUUCCACCACAACCACCACCACCACAACUACCACUACAACACCCUCACCUCCGAAAGACUUAAAAAAGAACAUCAAAGAGCCAGUAAAGCCAGCUGAUGGCGAGUGUGAGGACCGGAUCGCCAACAUCGCCGGGACUCUCACCUGCCGGGAGUUUCUUCGCACCUACGGGUUCCGUUACUGCGGUCACCGCUACAUUCACAAGAACUGUUGCCGCUCACAAAAGGAGGCGUGCAACGGCCGCUAGUGAAGGUGGCGGAGAGCCUGGCCUUGGGCCUCGUCAGGUGAAGGCUUCAGCACCAGGCCCCCAGCACCUCCAGGCGGGUCACUCCCACCACGGCCAGUGUGUUCUCGGGCUGCGCGCAGCGAGACCUCAAGCCUCGUUGUUUCUCAAAAUGUAGGAGCUGCGGUACACAGUAGCAUCACUGCGUCGUGGCCUCCUCAUAGUGCGAUUAAAAAUGAGCCUUACUCUUUUCAUCCUUCAUACAUUAUCAAGUUUGUCAUUGCGACGCCAAAUCUGUAUGUAGUGAUCCCACAGAGGGCAGGCAAGACGGGCGACGAGCCUCACUUCGAUCAGCUGGAUCCACAGCUGCACCGCAAAAUACUGCUGCUGUAAAGUGAACGAUGAUCCUGCGCUACGAAAUAUCACGGAAUGCCAGACUAAGGUCCCCUCUCAAGAGACGUAAGCACACAAGCAGCUGCUGCAGUCCCCGGAUCAUCCUUUCUCCGGUGAACCUGCGUUCUGGCCUGUACUUUACCUUAAAUCCGUCAGUGUGUCAGUUAGAAAUGUAUUUCUGGACUCCGUAGUGGUUUUGAGAACGGCUCACAUGUCUCGCCCUGGCAGCGCGCCGCCAGGGACUGCCGGCCACGAGCGAGCGUGACCACCGCCGUCCGAUACCGCCCAGUCUUUCCCGGGGUGUUCCCGCCAGGAAAUGCCCAGCUUCAAACACAGUUCAUGGAACUGUUGUAAUGUAAAUAGUUGUUGAUUUUUAUAUAUAGAUUUUCAGUAUCUUAUAUUGUAAUAUAACUUAAUUCCUGUGAAAGCAAUACAAUGCCGUGAUAUAAUUAUUGUGCAAUUCCUCAGAGAACCUUCCUACCAAAUAGAUCUGUUUCUUUCCCAUAAACAAAAAAUUCAGCAAAGUUUUGUUGUACAUAGCCACAGAAUUGUAGUAUUUAUAUGUAAGAAAUUCUGUAUGAAUGAACCACCCGCCCUUACGCCGCGUCCCGGCCUGCCAUGCGGGGCUACGGGGGUUGUCAGCCAUGCCAUGGGGGCGAGAAGCCUGGGGCAGGUUAACUGGAGUUUGCUAGUGUGCACAACGGUGUCUCCCCACCACUGCUGACACGAUGCACCGCAGCAACUGUUGUUCACUCUUGCUUUGUGUUUUGGUUCCAACAGUAUUAGGAGACGUGGGACGCUGCCGCCAUGAUGGGGAUCCGUGCAGCAGCACACACACCUCAACACAAUGUUGUUCAAGGCUGGUAUGCCAAGACAACUCUUACCAGUCUGAUGGUGAUUCAGGACCUCCGAGCACACGUGUCCUGACGGUGGUAUUAAGUCUUGUGCUUGUAAUCUGAGAGUCCGCAUGGUAACCUUGUUAUUUAUGAUAUGUUGUUACCUCCUCGAGCAUUUGGUGAGAUAUAAUCAGCGUGGUUAGCGAGAUGCCUUUGGAUACACCAAUGACUUGGUGCUUCAGGCGCAGAGCGCACGGUGCCGCGUCGCCACUGCCGAGUUGAGGAAAGAGCAACCUUAAGAAGCUGCGAGAUAAGGUUGUAAAUCAAACGACGUCCGAAAAAGUACUGUGUUUCCUUGCACUAUUUCAGCAGUUGUGUACCGGAAGUGUGAUCGUGCUUCGUGCUGUGCUGUACGUGUUCGAUUACAACACACGAAGGUCUUUAGACGUUCAGGUCGCCACGCGCGAGGGGAGCCCGGACGUUGUGUCCCAAGCUGCAUCCCCCACUUGCGCCUCGGUACAUUUUUUUUUUUUUUAAUUCUGUACAUAAAUCAACAUUCUGAAAUUAUUUAGUGUAAAAUUAUAUUCCAAUUGUGUAAUUUAGAAGUUCAUAGUGUUUAGCCAGUUUUCAUAUUUUCUUAAAAAUGCGUUUUUCUUGGCUGAAUGAGUGUAAGGUGACGAGGAUGGUACUGAAACUUGUGACUGUGUGUGUGUGUGUGUGUGUGUGUGUGUGUGUGUGUGUGUGUGUUCUUGGUCUGCAGCUGACCGGCUCAUCUGUUGGCCAGGUCUCCAUGUUAAGCCAGAGGCCAAAAAGACAAAUAAAAAUGUCUCUUCAA